CUAGCGGAGCUGCGGUCAGGAGGGCAGUGCGUGCCCCGAGCUCUCCGCCUCCCCCUGCCCGCCAGCCUGAGGCCCCCGAGCCCAGCCCGUGGCUCCAGCAGCAGCGCGGAGAACAGCCCCAGAAGCAACGCCAUGGCUGGGUGGAACGCCUACAUCAACAACCUCAUGGCGGCCGGCACCUGUCAGGACGUGGCCAUCGUGGGCUAUAAGGACUUGUCCUCCAUCUGGGCCGCCGUCCCCGGGAAAACCUUCAUCAACAUCACGCCAGCUGAGGUUGGUGUCCUGGUUGGCAAAGACCAGUCAAGUUUUUUCGUGAACGGGCUGACCCUUGGGGGCCAGAAAUGUUCUGUUAUCCGGGACUCACUGCUGCAGGAUGGGGAAUUUACCAUGGAUCUUCACACCAAGAGCACUGGGGGAGCCCCCACUUUCAACAUCACUGUCACCAUGACUGCCAAGAUGCUAGUCCUGCUGAUGGGCAAAGAAGGUGUCCACGGUGGUAUGAUCAAUAAGAAAUGCUAUGAAAUGGCCUCCCACCUGUGGCGUUCCCAGUACUGACCUCAUCUGUCCCUUCCCACCAUUCCCCACGGCUUUUGCACCCCUCUCCUUCCCAGACACACACAUACACCAUUUUUAUUUUUUGGGCCAUUACCCCACACCCUUUUUUGCUGCCAAAACCACAUGGGCUGGGGGCUGGGGCUGGAUGGACAGACACCUCCCCCUACCCAAACCCCUCCUGUGUGUAGUUGGAAAACUUUUUUUUUGUUUUUUGUUUUUUUUCCUGGAUAAAAAAGAUUCUACUAACAA